AUGCCAAAAAUGCCACAGCUGUAUAUUUUGAGUCAGGGGCAUUGCAUAUAUAAUGGCACAGUCCCAUACCUCGUCCCCUAUCUGAAGAACCUCGGACUCCACUGCCCUACUUACCACAAUCCUGCAGACUUCAUAAUCGAGGUGGCAUCAGGAGAGUAUGGUGAUUUGAAUCCUGUGCUUUUCGAGGCAGUGCAGGGUGGCAUGUGCUCAGACGGUGUCAAGAAGAACUCCAGUGACAAGAAUGAUCCUACAUCAUCUUGCCCAACUCAGUGUAACAGCAUGAGUGGACACACUGAAAAACAUACUUUUGCCACCAGCACGCUCACACAGUUCUGCAUUCUUUUCAAAAGAACUUUUAUCACAAUAUGUAGAGACAUGGUGCUGACCCACCUGAGGGUGAUGUCACACUUGUCUAUUGGAGUACUGAUCGGCCUGCUGUACCUAAACAUUGGCAACGAUGACAGCAAAGUGUUCGACAACACUGGAUUCCUCUUCUUCUCCAUGCUCUUCAUUAUGUUUGGUGCAUUAAUGCCAACUGUCCUCACAUUUCCUCUGGAGAUGUCAGUGUUUCUAAGGGAGCAUCUGAACUACUGGUACAGUUUAAAGGCCUACUACCUAGCCAAGACCGUGGCUGAUAUCCCAUUUCAGGUCCUAUAUCCCAUAGUGUACUGUAGUAUAAUGUACUGGAUGACAGGGCAGCCUCCAGAAGCUACCCGAUUUGUGCUUUUCAUGGCCUUCUGCACCUCCGUUGCCCUGGUGGCUCAGUCUCUGGGCCUACUCAUUGGAGCUGCUUUCACCUUGCUGCAGGUGGCUACAUUCGUAUGGCCAGUGACAGACAUUCCAGUCUUGCUUUUCUCUGGCUUCUUUAUCAACUUUGACACCAUCCCAAAAUACCUACAGUGGAUCUCUUAUGUUUCUUAUGUCAGGUAUGGCUUUGAGGGUGUGAUCCUAUCCAUUUAUGGUAUGAAUCGAACAGAUUUGGAAUGCCCUGGCCCUGUCUGUGAGUUCCAGAAGCCCGAGGAGGUGUUGCAGCUGUUGGAUGUAGAAGAUGCAAAACUCUACGUGGACUUCAUAGUGUUAGGGAUUUUCUUCCUCGCUCUUCGGUUAGCCACUUAUCUAGUGCUGCGUUACAAAGUCAAGUCUGAACGUUAG